CGGGCAGCCGGGUGAGCCAGGAGCUGCGCUACACCAAGGAGAAGCUGGGCGAGGAGUCCGUCUACACCUCCCAAAUGUUGAUCCAGACCCCGAAGCAGGAAGGGGAGAACAUCCUGACGCAGGAGGCCCUGCAGCUCCACCUCGAGGCGGCCCUGGCCGCCAGCAAAGUCCAAGUCUCACUCUACGGAAAAUCGUGGGAUUUGAAUAAGAUCUGCUACAAGUCGGGUGUCCCCAUCAUUGAGAACGGCAUGAUCGAGAGGAUGAUAGAGAAGCUGUUCCCCUGCGUGAUCCUGACGCCCCUGGACUGCUUCUGGGAAGGCGCCAAGCUGCAGGGAGGCUCAGCCUACCUCCCCUGUCUGAGUCCCCGGGACCCCCAGUGCCCCACCAGUGCCCCCAACAAGCAGAGCCAGCAGAGCCCCGACAUCCCGGCCAAGCUCUCGGGGGGCUGCCACGGCUUUCCCAGCGAACACGAACGUUGGCAGGAGGAGCUGAUUUUAGGUGGCAUGACCAAAGACUCCCAGGGCAAGCUGCUACGCGCCGAGGCCCUGCAGACCAUGUUCCUCCUCAUGAGCCCCCGGCAGCUCUUCGAGCACUUCAAGGAUGACUACGAGAUCCACGACAUCAGCUGGAGCGAGGAGAAGGCGGGCGCCAUCCUGGAGGCCUGGCAGAGGAAAUUUGUGGAGGUGUCGCAGGACUCCAUCCCGCCCAACGCCACGCAGAGCGUCCACGCUUUCUCCACGACCACGCUCAACGACAUCAUGAAGUCCUUCUCCGACGUCAGCGCCAUCCGGGUGGCCGGGGGGUACCUCCUCAUGCUGGCCUACGCCUGUGUCACCAUGCUGCGGUGGGACUGCUCCAAGUCCCAGGGCGCUGUGGGCCUGGCUGGGGUCCUGCUCGUGGCUCUCUCCGUGGCCUCUGGCCUGGGGCUUUGCUCACUGCUGGGCAUCUCCUUCAACGCAGCCACCACCCAGGUCCUGCCCUUCCUGGCCCUCGGCAUUGGCGUGGAUGACAUGUUCCUCUUGGCUCAUGCCUUCACCGAGACCAGCCAGCACAUCCCCUUCAAGGAGCGGACAGGCGAGUGCCUGAAGCGCACGGGGACCAGCGUGGCCCUCACCUCCAUCAGCAACAUGAUCGCCUUCUUCAUGGCAGCCCUGGUGCCCAUCCCUGCCCUGCGCGCCUUCUCCCUCCAGGCUGCGGUGGUCGUGGUGUUCAACUUCGCCAUGGUGCUGUUCGUCUUCCCUGCCAUCCUCAGCCUGGAUCUGUACCGCCGGGAGAAACGCCGACUCGACAUCCUCUGCUGCUUCUACAGGUACCAGCACCGGGCUGGCCGGGAUGGCGCUGACCCCACGGGUCCUCCCUGGGGGCACCCCGGCGGGCCCACCAGCCCCCAGACCACCCCCCCCGUGCAAGCCUUCACCCGGUGCGCCCCCUCGGGCCACCACGUCGUCACCGUCCUGCCGCCCACUUCCCAAGUGUGCACCUCGCCCGCCGUCCUCCUGCCCCCCGCUGACCCCCUGGGCUCCCAGGUCUUCGCCCCGUCCAGCUCCACUCGGGACCUGCUGGCCCAGCUGGAUGAGGCCAAGGGCGGGCGGGAGUGCGUCCCCCUGCCCUUCUGCCGCUGGAGCCUCGCUGACUUCGCUCGGGAGAAGUACGCCCCGCUCCUCCUGCGCACUCGGACCAAGGCGGUGGUGGCCGUGCUGUUCCUGGCGUUGCUGGGGCUGAGCCUCUACGGCACCACCAUGGUGCACGAUGGGCUGUACCUGACGGACAUCGUGCCGCGGGACACCAAGGCGCACGCCUUCAUCUCGGCCCAGUUCAAGUACUUCUCCUUCUACAACAUGUUCAUCGGCAACCGCGCCCUGCCCAAGAUGUGGCUCCACUACUUCCAGGACUGGCUGCGAG